AUAGCCGAGCAAUCGCUUGUGACCGCGGUCGCGUUCACUGCUUUGUCGCGCUCCACGCUUUCCACCCCGCAGCCCUUGACAGCUCUCUCGAACAACGCUGUACCCGCACUGCGCCCACUUAGGCACCGUAGCAGUUGACAGUGUGCCGGAGACGAACAUUUACGAACAUGCCUCUGCGAACGGGAUUGAGCAUCAUUAUUCGGCGCUGGGCUUGCAGUUCGCCUAAACCCACCAUACAGCGACGAUUCGUUUCUAAUGGACCGUUCAUAGUGUCCGACGAAGUGUCGGCUGCGCUGCACGAUGGCCGCCCCAUUGUGGCACUGGAGACAAGCAUCAUGACCCAUGGAAUGCCCUACCCGGAGAAUAUCAGUACGCAGAAAGAGCUAGAAGCGAUCGUUCGAGGUCGUGGUGCUGUCCCGGCCACGGUGGGCGUUCAUGGUGGGAUUCUUCAUGUGGGUUUGGACAUGAACAGCCUAGAAAGUUUGGCACAAGUGGGUAAUCGGGCAGCAAAAAUAUCGCGACGGGACCUACCUGCUGCGCUGUCGAAGGGACUCUCCGGGGGAACAACCGUGUCGGCAACCAUGGUGGCGUGCAACCGGGCCGGCAUUCAGGUGUUCGCCACGGGAGGCAUCGGAGGAGUGCACAGGGGCGGAGAAUCUACUUUGGACAUAAGCCCGGAUGUCAUGGAACUUGGUCGCAGUCCUAUCACUGUCGUGUCGUCCGGCAUCAAGUCAAUCCUGGACAUUGGCCGCACUCUUGAAGUUCUGGAGACCGAAGGCGUUUGCGUGGCAGCCUUCGGAGAGAGCCAGGAGUUCCCGGCGUUCUUCGCCGUCCGCAGCGGGCACCAGGCUCCGUGGCGCGUUGCUGACGCCGCCGAGGCUGCUUCCCUUAUCGAAAGCCGAAAUGCACUUCACUUGGACAGCGGUGUGCUGAUUGCGGUUCCCAUUCAGAAGGAGUUCGAAGUGGAUGGAAAUGUUGUCGAAGAGGCGAUUCAGCUAGCGCUCAGGGAAGCAGAGGCAGCCGACUUGACGGGUAACGCCGUGACGCCGUUCAUCCUGCAGAAACUGACGGAGAGGACUGCGGGCGCCACUCUGCGAGCCAACGUCGCUUUGAUCAAAAACAACGCGGGCGUUGCUGCGGACAUUGCCAGCGCUCUUUCCAAGAUUGAACGAGAGGACAAGCAACGCAGCCUGUUUCGUCCAUCGAUACCGCGACAGCCAUCCCCACCGGUAGUAAUUGGAGGAUCUGUAGCCGACAUCGUCGUCAACUGCAUGGAGGACAUGCUUCAGCUGAACGGUACGACACAUGCGGGCCGCAUCCGCACGAGUUGGGGCGGCGUGGGUCGCAACGUGGCCGACUGCCUCACCCGCCUUCUAGGAGGCACGGUGCGCCUGGUGUCCGCCGUGGGCGUCGACCGGCACGGAGAGGCGCUCCUUCAGCACAACCGGCUACUGGACACCAGUGGCGUGGUUCGUGUGGAGGGUGCCCGGACGGCCUCGUACUGCACGGUGUUGGACGACAGGGGAGACUGCCUGUUUGGCGUCGGCGACAUGGACGCUCACCGCCACAUAUCCCCGGAACUGAUCGGGCAAAACGAAGAGCACAUCGCAUGCGCUCCUGUGGUCGUCAUCGACGGCAAUCUGCCCGACGAAACCAUCAGCUACGUCCUCCAACUGUGCGGCCAGCGGCAGGUACCGGCGUUUUUCGAGCCAACCGAUGUUCGCAAGGCCGUGAAGCCAUUCCUGUCAGAUGCCUGGCGCCAUCUGUCUAUCGUAUCACCAAACCUUGCAGAGCUGAGAGCCAUGCACGCCGCCCUGGGAAAAGUAUUGGGAACCAGUGCUACCAUAGAUGGGCCUGCCGCCUCAACGGUGGCUGUGGACCCAGUGAUGGAAGGUGCCUUGCUGGGUAGCUGGCUUGCUCGUCACAUUCCGGUCGUGCUCGUCACCUUGGGAGUUCACGGCGCCCUGCUCAUCGAGUGCAUGCCUUCGGGGACAACUAAGGAAGCGGCUGGUCACCAGGGAUCCGCCAAGGUGCUUCACUAUCCAGCCUCGAAGAUCGAGACAGUGCAGAGUGUCUCAGGAGCAGGAGAUUGCCUUGCUGGAGGAUUCUUGUGCGGCCUGCUUCUUGGACUUCCUUGGGACCGGUGCAUGGGGAUCGGCAUGGCGGCUGCACGCAGGUCUCUGAUGUCAUCGGACACAGUUCCCAACACGCUGGGCCCGGACUGCCUUGACGCUGUCUCCACGUCUCGUCCAAUAGAUCUCGAACCAACCCGGGGAUAGCGCAAUAAAUUAUUUGCGUUCUUAAUAUGA